AUGAGUACAUCUUCUACAACUCCUAUUCUAGAAGUUCCACAAACAUCUGCUGGUCGUUUUGUUAUAAUUGCUACGAUUAAAGCUAAAGAUGAAGCAAGUGCAACGCGUCUUGAAUCAUUAAUUGUUGCUUGUCGAGAUUUCGCUCUUUCAUCUGCUGCACCAACAUGUCAUACAUAUCGAACAGUGCGUAGUCUUGACAAGAAAAAUGGUGUAGUAACGUUUGUUAUUUUUGAAGAAUGGGAUACUACACCCGAUACAUUACAAACAUAUUUCGAAAGUGAUGCUAUUCAAGAAUGGAAUAAGGCUUUGAAAGAAGAAAACUUACUUGCUGAACCUUGGGAAGAACCACCACCAUUUUAUGAAGAAUUUAUUCGCAAAUAA